CUAGUUUUGACCUUAUCGGGCCACGAGACCGUGGAAAAAUUGGGCCGUUGCGGGAUUGCUUCUUCGUAUCGGACGUGGAAGAUCUCGUAUAUAAAAUCAAUCCACGUAUAAGUGCCCUCGCGAACCUUUGAUGAGCUUUUGCCCAGCUUCAUCGAGCAGGCCGUGAUAGAGCUCAACCUUGAAUAUCAACAACUGCUACCGUUCAUUGAUAUCUGAUCCAAAAGUACAGCACCCACCAUGGACGCAAUCCUUCUGCGCAACCUCGUCGAGAUCCAAUCCAGACCAUCCCCCGAUGAAGCAACCAGACCACUCACAGCUCCCGAAAAGACAUACCAACGCACCACCUACUCCGGAGGCGGCCCAUUCCAAGAAGACAUCUCCAACAAUGCGCGACCUACAGCGUCUCGCGUCGACAGCUUCGCCUCUGAUGUAGUCGCUGCUCCUCGCACAGAAGACACCGACCUGGAGAGGAGCCGCCCGGCGAGCCCCGUGCCCGAUGUCGACGCCGUCGAGGUGGUGCCCAGCGCGUGGGAGCCGUACAUGAACAGGUUCCGGCUGCUGUCCGUGUGUCUGGCCAACUUUGGAAAUGCGCUCAGUGACAGCUCUGCCGGUGCUCUGAUUCCUUACAUGGAGAAGCACUACAACAUCGGCUAUGCCGUCGUCUCCCUCAUCUUCGUCGGCCAGGCCCUCGGCUUCGUCUUCGCCGCCGUCCUCCUCGACACGCUCCGCGCAAAGCUGGGCCGCGCGCGGCUCCUGGCCAUCGGCCAGAUGCUCAUGGGGUGCGCCUACAUCCCGCUCGUGGCCGCCGCGCCGUUCGGCGUCGUCGUCGCCGCCUUCUUCUUCGUCGGCCUCGGCAUCGCCAUCAACGUCGCCAUGGGCAACAUCUUCUGCGGCAGCCUGCAGAACAGCACCGUCAUGCUGGGCCUGCUGCACGGGAGCUACGGCGUGGGCGGCACGUCGGGCCCGCUCAUCGCCACGGCGCUCGUCACCGUCGCGCACGCCUCGUGGAACCACUACUACAUCCUGACCAUGGGCAUCAGCUUCCUCACCAUGGGCCUCUCGGCGUGGGCCUUUUGGCGCUUCGAGCGGGAGCAGAGCCCCGCCGCCCGCGAGAGGGAGGCGGCGCCCGACAGCUCGGCGGUGCUGGGCAUGCUGGCCGCCGUCAAGCUGCGCAUCGUGCUGCUCGGCUCGACCUUCAUCUUCGCCUACCAGGGCGCCGAGGUCUCCAUCUCCGGCUGGGUCAUCUCCUUCCUCAUCAACUCGCGCGGCGGCAACCCUUCGUCCGUCGGCUACGUCUCCGCCGGCUUCUGGGCCGGCAUCACCCUCGGCCGCUUCUUCCUGUCCGCGCCCGCCCAGCGCAUCGGCGAAAAGGCCUUCAUCUACGGCCUCGUCGCGGGCGCGCUGGCCUUUCAGAUCCUCGUCUGGUUCGUGCCCAACGUCGUCGGCGACGCCGUCGCUGUGGCCAUUGUCGGCCUGCUGCUGGGGCCCAUCUACCCGUGCUCCGCGGCCGUCUUCAUGCGCGGCCUCUCGCACCGGGACACGCUCAGCGGCAUCGGGGCCAUCAGCGCCUUUGGCAGCCUGGGCGGUGCCGUGGCGCCGUUCGUCACGGGGUUGCUGGCGCAGGCCGUCGGGACGUGGGUGUUGCAUCCGAUUGUCAUUGCGCUGUUUGUGGUGAUGCUGCUGUGCUGGUAUGGCAUCCCGGAGGAGACGAAGGAGAAGCAGUAA